AUGCCGGAGGUACUGGAUUCACUUAAAUCCAAGCACCCACCCACGCCACCCGGACACAUUGACUGGACACCAACGGACGAGGCCCACGUGGUGACCAUCAACUCAGCAGCAUUCGUGAAAAUCCUAUGCCGCUGCGAAAACGGAGUGGGGGGAGGGCCGUUGGGGAUGACGUUUGAACACCUCAGAGAUGCAGCUAUCGCCAACGCAACGGUUACCACCCACCUCCACGCCCUCGUCAACACAAUACUCCAAGGGAAACUCCCCGAAGAGGUGUGCUCCCUGCUCACGUCCUCCCGCCUAAUCGCUCUCGCCAAGCCAGAGGGAGGGACUCGGCCAAUAGCCGUAGGAGAGUGUGUCCUACGCCUCGCGGCAAAAUCGGCACUUUCCUCACUAGCAGAAGCGGCACGAUCCCAUUUCCUCCCACUCCAGUACUGCGUCGCCGUCCAGGGAGGCAGCGAGGCGAUAAUCCACGCCGCCAGAUCAUACAUGAGCACGCACAGUGACGCCACGAUUCUCCAGGCGGAUCUCUCAAACGCAUUCAAUAGCAUCAGUCGCGAGGCAAUCGUAGCGGGCCUACGUGGAAAUGCGCUAGAAGGGAUCCUCCCCCUAGUUCACUCCUCUUACGGCGCGCCGGCAGAGCUAUUUCUCGACGCCGGCUUUAAUAGCCCUCCCAUAUCCAGCAUUACAGGGGUCCGCCAGGGCGACCCCCUCGGGCCCUUGCUCUUCGCCGCGGGCAUCCACCCGUCCCUCGCCGCGACCGCAGCCGCCUUCCCGACCGUGCUCUGCCUCGCAUUCGCUGACGAUGUCAUGUUCCUGGGCAGAGUGGCGGAGUGUACAGCGGCGUUCACCCACUUCACGAGCAGCCUCUGUAGCAUGGGGCUCAGGCACAACGCCGGGAAAUGUGCGGCGUGGAGCGCCGUCCGACCACCGGAGGGGGCCUUGCCGGAAGGGGUCCCAUUCUGCCACGACGGACUGCGUGUUCUGGGCAAUUUCAUCGGCGCGCCAGACGGAGCAGCAGCAUUUAUUCGGGCUCAGCUGCAAGCCAUGACAUCCCCUCUCCCGCAGAUAGCCGACCUGGAACCACAGGCAGCAUCACUGCUGCUGACGAGGUGCAUCUCGAGGCGAAUGUCAUACCUCGCGCGCACAACCCCACUCACCCUUCUGCCCGAAGAGGAAUGGUCACGGUGGGGCCAGAAGCUGCUCCACACACUGCUCGACGCCUGCGGCGUGCGCCACCCAAGGGGGGAUGCGGAGGAACAACGCGUGUGGGACCAGGCCUCCCUCCCCCCAAGCUUGGGAGGCCUGGGGCUGGCGGACCCAUCGGUGGAAGGGCGCUACGGCUACCUGGCAAGCUUUGUCCAGGCGCACGGACUCCUAGCCUCCCUGCCCGGCCCCGCAGGAGCUCACCUCUCCACCGCCCUGAACUGGACAGAGGAGGAACUAGAGCAAGGGAUGGAACAGGCAGUGGAUCAGUUGACCCAGAGACGGCUGGAGGAACAACUGAGGGAGGCCAAGGGAGGUACGAUGGUGGAUGUGGCUGUUGCUGCAGGGGUGCACACUGAGGGAGGGGCGACGACGGAGGGAGAGGUGGCUGCUGCGCGGCCGACAGCGGCCCAGGAAGCGCGGGAGGCGUCCCAAGAACCAUCGGCGUACGGGGAGCCGUCACAGCUGGACGCGCCUGCUGGAGCUGCCGCUGCUGUCGACGGCUCAGCCUCUCUUGCUGCCUCUGACGCCGACGCAACGAGAUCUGGUCCCCUGGUCCAGCCUGAAGAGGGGAACGAUAGGGUUGGCGGUAGGUGUGAGCGUGAUCACGGGGAGAACGGUACACAGGGGAGCGUCGGCGGCACCGCUGGCCGCGCCUGCGGUCAAGCCCGCCUUCAGCCAGCGCCGCGGCGACUCGGAGCAGCGCUGGCACCUGCCCGUCCAGGGCCCCUUCGGAGAUGGCAUCAGCAAGAGCAGACACUACCAGAGCAAGAGCGUCGGACGCCAUUCCCGAACCACGAGGCAACAACCACGGGCAACGUCACGGAAACGCAGCGACAGCAACGCUGGGAUCAGCGAGCACGGCGGGAGGCAGGAGAACCAGCGCCAAAUGCGGCGCCAAUGGCGCAGGGAGUUGCACGUAACGCCUCGAGAAUUUGGUGGGUGGCACCGGCCACACCGUGGCAGCCGCCUGGUUGUGCCGGGGGGACCGAUGGUGCAACAACACGGGGUAGGGGGAGACGCUGA